CCCAGGGGGCCGAGCGGGCGGGCUGCUGAGGUGGCUGUCGCCCGCUCGGAACUGCGGCUUCCCGGUCGAGCCGCCCCCUGCUCCCGGAUGGAGGCCGAAGCCGUAGAUUCCCCUCCGGGCCGGGUCGAGGCGGCCCUCAGCUGCUUCUCUUUCAACCAAGACUGCACAUCCCUAGCAAUUGGAACCAAAACCGGUUAUAAGCUGUUUUCUUUGAGCUCUGUAGAGCGGCUGGACCAAGUCCACGGAAGCAAUGAAAUCCCUGAUGUGUACAUCGUGGAACGCCUCUUCUCCAGCAGCCUGGUGGUGGUGGUCAGUCACACGAAGCCACGCCAGAUGAAUGUGUACCACUUCAAGAAAGGCACUGAAAUCUGUAAUUAUAGCUACUCCAGCAACAUCUUGUCCAUACGGCUGAACCGGCAGAGGCUGCUGGUAUGCCUGGGAGAGUCCAUUUACAUCCACAACAUCAAAGACAUGAAGCUGCUAGAGACGCUCCUGGACAUCCCCGCAAACCCAACAGGUCUGUGCGCCCUCUCUAUCAACCAUUCCAACUCCUACCUGGCCUACCCUGGAAGCCUGACCACAGGCGAGAUUGUGCUUUAUGAUGGAAUCUCCCUGAAAACAGUGUGCACCAUCGCUGCCCACGAGGGGGCGCUGGCCGCCAUCACCUUCAACUCCUCGGGCUCCAAGCUAGCAAGUGCGUCUCAGAAAGGCACAGUCAUCCGGGUGUUCUCUGUACCUGAUGGGCAAAAGCUGUAUGAGUUUCGGAGAGGAAUGAAAAGGUACGUGACAAUCAGCUCUCUGGUUUUCAGCAUGGACUCCCAGUUCCUGUGUGCCUCUAGCAACACAGAGACGGUGCACAUCUUCAGGCUGGAGCACCUCACCACCAGCCGUCCAGAAGAAGCUUCGACCUGGAGCGGCUACAUGGGAAAGAUGUUCAUGGCUGCUACCAACUACCUCCCCGCCCAGGUGUCGGACAUGAUGAACCAGGACAGGGCCUUUGCCACGGCCCGCUUGAACUUCUCCGGGCAGAGGAACAUCUGCACCCUCUCCACGAUCCAGAAGUUGCCAAGGCUGCUGGUCGCCUCCUCUGAUGGACACCUGUACAUCUACAAUUUGGACCCUCAGGAUGGAGGAGAAUGUGUCUUGAUCAAAACCCACAGCCUGCUGGGCUCAGGAGCGACAGAAGAGAGCAAAGAAAAUGACCUCAGGCCUCCCUUACCUCAGUCUUACGCAGCAACUGUAGCAAGACCAAGCACAUCCACAGCCUCCACGGUGCCAGGUUACUCUGAGGAUGGCGGGGCGCUCCGCGGAGAGGUUAUUCCGGAACACGAGUUUGCCACGGGACCAGUGUGUCUAGAUGAUGAGACUGAAUUCCCCCCUGAACUGAGCACUUCCAGGUCAGACACAGUGGAGACAAAUGUGGCUGUCCUGCUCUCAUUCAGAUGCUCACAGACAGUUUUCACAAUUUUGGUACAAGUCUCAGCCUGCUAUGAAAGAUGGUUAGAUUACAAAUUAGAUUCUUCGUUGUAAGCAGAGCAGCCCUUACUACUACUUGCAUUUACAGAAUAAGGGUGAUUUGGCCAUUGGCAUUUAAGAAGUAAUCUCUUGCCAAAGAAAACUUGUAUUAUAAAAUAAUAGGUACCCUAAGUAGACCAUUUGCCUACAGAGGUGGAGCAAGAAUUGGGGAUGCUUAGUUUAAGAACUGGGGUCCUGGGGUGUGGAUUAGCAGUAAAGUAUUUGUCUAACGUGUGAGAAGCCCUGGUCCCCUCCUCAGCACCACACACUCGUAAACACACACACACACACACACACACACACACACACACACACAUACAAGCCAGUUGUCCAAUCUCCUUUUAAGGACCAAAUGAAUGGAAGUUGGUUUAAACUGCACUAGGAAUUGUCACGUGGGCUAGUAUGCGUGAGUCUCUGUGUUCAGUCCCCAGCCCCGUCACUAAUAUUAACCUUGUCAGCAAAAGUCCUCUAGGGCAGACCAAGGAUGUAGACUGACUUUUUUUUUUUUGCAGCCAUCUAGCAAUCCAUGUUUACAAGUGAGAUAAACGGUUUUAAGAAAAUGCACACAUGUGCAUAUGCACACAUGUACACACAGUUCCUACGUAGUCAGUAUUUCGAAGAUGUGCCAUAAUCAUCUACUCCUGCAUAAUAAGAUGGGUGGACUUUCUGUGGCCAUCAGUGAGGGUCGGUCUGUGGACGGACACAAGCCCCACGGCGCCCAGCCGCUGACCCGCGUGGCGCAGGCCCGUGGGUGACACGGUGAGCCCCCCAGCCUCUUCCUGGGAAGAGUAAGGCCGCUCUGUUUUGAUUCCGGUAGAUAAUGUUGUGCCGCGGAAGUCAGAAGGGCAAAACGAAGCAGUCAUGACGAGAAGCACACCUGUCAGGUGGUUUUGGAGAAAACCAGGAAGGUGGAAGAAUGGAGUGCGAUUGUGAGAGCAGAAAGGGGGGCAGGAGUCCGGGGUGCCGCGCUGCCCAAGCCACAGGACAUGGUGAACUCCUCGCGGAGUCCCCUCCACCCUGGCUACCAGUGGGCGUGGGGGGGCAUAAUACUCACAUCGUUCUAUUUAAAAUACUUUAAAACCACAGUGGAAAUGCUAACUAACCAUAUUGGUAUAUAACCGGAAUUUUAUAUUUAAAAAAAAGGCAUCCUUGUCAAACGUAUGCCGUGUAAAAAUGUACUUAGAGGAAAAUCUCUGAAUUGUAUUUCUUGUAUAUUGCAAACAGAGAGACUGUUUUAGCCAAGCAAAGUAUUUUUGCAGUAUUUGGAAUAAAUCAUUUAUUACCUUUGAGUCCCACUUGGGACACUUAAUUAUUAAAUAAAAUCAUGGCAACAUA